AUGUUACCUGCGAAUGUGUCCGGGAUAGGAAAAUCACUGAUAUCAGCAACUGUGCUUGCUCAUCCAAAUGAUGAACCGCUGUAUACCACACUCUUGGAAGGUAUCAAUGAGCAGCAAGAAAUUAAUUCCAUACUCAUGCUCCAUCAUGGACAAAGACUACCAGCCACUAUAUUGAAAGCAGUUGGAAAGAUUCAAAUACCACAACUAAUUGUGACCAAAAAUCAGGCAACAUUUUUAUUGAAAAAGAAAUUUAAUACAGAAAUUUUAUCCAUUGUAGUCAUGAGUUCAUUGGUUGAUUAUGAACUUAUGAAACUAUUGGCUGAUUUGCUGUAUUAUGUACGCCAAACAAGGAUACUCAACAUAGCGCUGGAUGUCUUAUAUCAAGAAGAGUAUAAGGAACAAUUUCUCUUCAUCUGUCAGCAAUACAACAUGACCAAUGUUUUACUGCAAUUCAUGCAAACCAAAGAAGAAAUCCUUAGCAGAAGCUUGUACAUGCUUAAACCCUAUCCUCAAUAUCAUUGGGAAGCAGACUUGUAUGAUGUCAGAUCUAAUAAGCAGUCCUACUAUCAACAGCAUUGGAGAAAUAUGUACAACAAAACCCUGAAGACAUAUGUCGAUGAGAGUGACAUAAGAUCGCUUUACUAUGAAGAUACCCAGGGUCAUAUGCAGCUCAAUGGCUAUGUGGCCAGAUUUGUUUUGCUUUUUGCUCAACUUUUUAAUGCCUCCCUGCAAAUGGCCUUUCCCUUGAGCAUUACAAAUCCCACUCAUGAUUCUGUGAUUCUGGAGCAAAUGGUACGCAAGAAUUUGUUGGAUGUUCCCAUGAUAUUGGAUACCACUACCGAUGGCCAUGAAUUGCUACCCUGGACAGAUGUCUAUGAAUUCGAUCAGGGCCUAUUGAUGGUGCCUUGUGCCCAAAAGUUUACCACUCAGGAAGUCUAUGGCAUACUGUUGAAUAUUCACUUCAUGGCAUGUGUCAUCAGCAGCACCGUUUUGCUAUCUCUCGCCCAUUCUUUAAUCGACUAUGUCUAUGAUGAUUUUCUACAACUUACCCGUCUGCUGCUAAGUGAUCGUAUAUUGCCAGGAGUUUUGGGUCAAGCCUUUAAAGUUCGUGCCAGCAAAAGUGGUAGUCUGAAAAUUAUCUACCUUUUGCUCUUCAUUGUCGGUCUGUACAUUAAUACCCAGUUUUCGGCCAAAGUCAAUACGCUAUUCACCCGUCCACCUUACCACCAGCAAAUUGAAAGCAUGCAAGAUGUGGUCAAAUCACCCAAAAAGGUACUCCUAUAUGAAGCCAACACGGAAAUCCUAUCAAUCUUUAUGCGAGAUUACCAGAGCUCAUUCAUUACAACCAAGAAUUACACCUAUAUGAGAGAUAUGCUACUGCACCUUAAUACCACCUACAGUUACUAUACCUCUUCGGGUUUGUGGGAUAUAUUGAUGCAGCAACAGCAAUUCUACAGCCAUCCUGCAUUCUGCACCUAUGACAAUUUAACCCUCUUUAAAAAUCUACUCUGGGCCAUACCUUUGCAACCGAACUCACCCUAUAAAGAUGCCUUGAACCAUCUCAUCCAUCAAGUUCAUGACUUUGGUUUCAUGCAUGCCUGGGUUUACAGCACCUUGGCUGAUAUGCUGAAAUUGAGAUUGAUGUCACUGCGGGACCCAUAUGUGAAAAGGGGUCCCAUGGCGCUUAACGUCAAUGAUCUUUUCUGGAUUUGGAUAAUGGUCAUAAUGGGCUUUGUGGCAAGCUGUAUGGUCUUUCUAUUGGAAAUUAUUGUGGGUUGUUUGAUACGAAACAUGAAAAUAAUGCGAGAAAAAAGAGUUGUUAAACAAAGGAUAAUAGUUUGA